CACACUAUUUAGGCAAAUCUCCAUUUGCUUUGGUGCUCCAGCCCUGGCUGUAGGCUCUCUCUCUAUUUUUCUUUGUUUUUCCCUUUAUAUUAUCAAUAAUUUCAACCCGUCGCUUCGCAAUUCUGAUUCGAUAGGACUAGAGGCCGUGCAUUCAUCCAGAAAAUCAGACAGAUCAAAGCUCAACAUUAGGGUUUCUUACCAUCUUCGUGCAACUAUACAUACAUAUAGCUUGAUUUAUUUAUAUAUACAUAUAGUUUACAAAUCUUAGUUUCUUUAGACAAUUUCCAUGUGUGCUUUUGAAUGUUAUGUUCGGGUCGAUCUUCGUUGCUGGUAGGCUUUGCAGGGCGUUGAUCGUAUUUACAAUCAGGCCUAGGGUUGUUUUUGGUGUUCCUGGUUUGAUCGUUUCGUCAGAUAUAGAAGUUUGCCAGUGAAUUUGAUCGAGGAGUAGUCUAGGCUUUUUGAAUCGUUGAAUUCUGGGAGUGAUGGACAAGAAGAAGGUCGCAACUCCGCUGGUCUGUCAUGGGCAUUCUCGUCCUGUGGUCGAUUUGUUCUACAGCCCAAUUACACCAGAUGGGUUUUUCCUCGUCAGUGCCAGCAAGGAUUCAACCCCUAUGCUUAGAAAUGGAGAAACUGGAGAUUGGAUUGGAACCUUUGAAGGGCAUAAAGGUGCAGUAUGGAGUUGCUGCCUAGAUACAGAUGCUUUACGUGCUGCUUCUGGGUCUGCUGAUUUUACUGCGAAAAUAUGGGAUGCAUUGACUGGGGAUGAACUACACUCUUUUGAACACAAACACAUUGUCCGUGCCUGCUCCUUUUCAGAGGAUAUGCAUCUCUUACUUACUGGUGGUGUUGAGAAAAUACUUCGUAUCUUUGAUUUAAAUCGACCAGAUGCACCUCCAAGAGAAGUUGACAAAUCUCCUGGUUCAGUAAGAACCGUCGAAUGGCUCCACAGUGAUCAGACUAUACUCAGUUCGUGCACUGAUACUGGGGGUGUGAGGUUAUGGGACUUGAGAACUGAGAAAAUUGUCCGAACUCUUGAGACACAGUCCCCUGUUACCAGUGCUGAAGUGAGUCAGGAUGGCCGCUAUAUAACUACUGCAGAUGGAUCCACUGUUAAGUUUUGGGAUGCAAAUCAUUUUGGAUUGGUGAAAAACUAUAACAUGGCCUGCAAUGUUGAAUCGGCUUCAUUGGAGCCAAAGCAUGGUAAUAAGUUCGUUGCUGGAGGAGAAGACUUGUGGAUUCAUGUUUUUGACUUCCACACUGGAGAAGAGAUUGGGUGCAAUAAGGGUCACCAUGGUCCAGUCCACUGUGUGCGGUUCUCACCUGGAGGGGAGUCCUAUGCAUCAGGAUCAGAAGAUGGAACUAUUCGAAUAUGGCAGACUGGUUCUUUGGCGAAUAGCGAGAAUGGUAUACAGGGAAAUGAGCAGACUGGAAAAUUGGAGGUUGCAGCUGAUGAAGUUAGCCGAAAGAUGGAGAACGUCCAUAUUGCCAGAGAAGGGAAGGCUGGAAAGAGAGAAAAGGCAGCAGAUUCCUGAUUAUGAAUGUGGGAUGGGGUAAACUUUCUGCCAUAUUUGGGGAGGGGAACGUACUUAAUGCAGUGGAGAGAUUAGGGCCAAGAAUUCAAGUUCGAAGGUCACAGCAUUUGCUUCUUACAUGGACUUGUACUUAGCUUAUGUUUUUGGGCUGCACAAAGGGGCAAGUAUGGAAGUUGGAGGGAGGGACAUCUAAAGGAUCACCCCUGACCCACCUAUAAAGUUUAGGCCUCUACAGCUCUUGUUGCCCUUUUAAGACGAAAUUGACAAUACACUUGGCUACAUAUUUUAGUGGCAAAAUUAUAAGUUCCUUCUCAUUCUAA